GGCAAAAUCCUCAGUCGGCAUAACGACCGCGAACCGUGAGCACCAUCGCGUAUCACAUAAAAAAAGAAAACACGAUAGAGUCCGAACAUUAAAAAUGAAAUAAACACUUCUUGUUGAACAAAAAAAAAACAAAAAUUGUCAGUGACGUAUUGUGUUCUAAAUUUGAUUUUACGCGCGGACCGCGAUGUGGACAGAAAAUCGCGGCGCGCAGACUUGUAUGAUAGUUUGUUGACAGUUAUUGAAAAUAAUAAGUGUUAAAAAUAAGUGUUCAUACUAGUGCAUAGUUGGUGUUGCUUAGUGUGUAGUUAAGUUUUAGUAAAUAAGUGUUUUUCGUGUAUGCGGAAAUAAAACAAACUAAAACACGGCGAGCCGAACAGACGUUUGAAUUUAGCCUGGUUUAAUCUUGGCGUGCUACACUGAACUAAUUACUGGCAGAGACUUAGCGCGAGAGCGGUGUGCACGCAUACCGGUACACUAUAGUGCGAACGAGACGGAAGUGGGCAGUUUUCCAAGAUGAAUUUGAUGUUUCGGAAGAACUUCAGCGGGGAGAAGACCCUCUCGUCUAGCGGGGGUGGGGGGAAGGCGCGGGGCGCGCUGGGUGCAGGGAGGAACGCGAAGCGCCGCGACCGCGAGCGAUACUCCUGCAUGGAGGAACACCACUACAAGACCCACAUAUUCUUCUCCGCGGCUCCGCGCGCCAGUGCUCAAUACAACGACCUCACAGAACGAUGCGGGCCUGUACUGGGCGGUGGCACGGGCCCCGAGCCGGAGCCGCCGCAGCCCCUGGUCACCCGGGAGCCCUCAGUCUCCCUGCUGCGCUGGGACAGGGGUCCGGCGACCACGACCACAGUGCCGACGACCACGGACCGCCGGAGGACGGAGCCCGUGUCGCUUGCAACGCUCCAGAAAGACUGCUUUGUUAUUCCGGCGCACGCACUUGAUCGGUUUUUACCUGAUGGAGUGCCGCUACCAGUUCCGCCUCCAACGCCAGAAAAAGGAAUGACAACAAAGACUGCACAAAACUCUCUUAGCAUCCUCGAAAUAGCUGAUCCCAAGCUUUGUAUAUUGGCCCAUCUGAUGAGUCCUCUGGAACCAAUCGAGCCAAUACUGGAAUCCCCGCUUGCCAAACCCUUGAUAAGACAGAAAGCAGCGGCAGGAGAACUGCUGAACGAGGUGGCACAAGCCAACACAGCAGUUGGAGGGAUGUUGUUAGCGAACAUGGAGAAAAACGCGGAAUUUCCUUUCAUAUCUUACUAUGUGAUAAAUACUACGCAAACGGACCCUUUGCUUUUCUACAAUAAUAUGAGAUGUUCAUCUCUGAACAAGUUCGACCCGAAGACCAUAAGGUACUCGGCAGCACAUACGUUAGACUUGUAUAGUGAAGUGGCGAUGAUCUGCAGACCGCCGUUCAACGACUUAGCUGGAGGACCCAAGAAGUCGCACACACCUACGACUGGAUUCAUCAUUAGUGUUUAUAAGGUCUUCGAAGGCGACGACGGCGAGCGCUUCGAGAGGAACUGGCUGUACUGGACCGGGGCCCGAAUGCUAUACCGUCAUUUACCCCACACGGUGGGCAUGAGGAAGAUAGCUCUCCAUAAGUCUGUAGCUGCCCACGGAGACAAGAUGUAUCUCCUGGUCUGCGAGUGUGCCAACCUAAUGGACGAUCUAUCGGGAGCUGCGAUGCUGGUGACGGCGUUAAGGGCGCGCCUAUGUGGAUACACGGGGCUUUACAGGCCUAUACAGACGUUCUAGUAGAGGGACUGGGCCUUAGAUGGCCUUGAGUGUGUUGUAUUGUAAUUUGGAGACAUCAUAGGUUAGGUGCCUAGUUUAGUUUUCUUGGGUAAUGAGUUUGGGUGGGGAAAGAAUGAUGAUCCUUACGGUCAAGUUUGUAUGGUAGAAAACAGAAUAUGUGAGAUUGAAAAGACAGACACAACCUUGUCGUAAUGCCAAUUAUCUGGAAAAGUAGAUAUUCUUGCAGUUAUCGUGUUCAGACUAAUAGAAACUGUGAAAACUUCCCAAAUUCAUUGCCCAAAUUAAGAUUGGAUCUCUAUAUUAAAGUCAAUCUAAAGAUGUCUCGUCAAAUUUGGUCACAAACAGCACACGUGAACAAAACGGACCAAAGUACCUAUUAAUAUUACAUUUAAGACUAUCUUAAAUGGUGGACGUUUGACUGGGUACAGGCGAGUCGAGCCGAAGUGUUCUUCAUUUAGAUUUAAGAAAUUUAAUAUUAAUAAAAAAAAACCGAGUGAAUCUUUUCUGUAGCCGCCAUUUUUCUCAACCUCCCACUAUACUUUUGAUAUGAUCUACUACAAGACACUUCAAGUCACUUGUUUAGAUAAAUGAUUAAUUAAGUAGGUACAUGACUUGACAAUAUUUUGUUAUAUUUGUGUAAAGUCUUCCAAAUUACGGCGUACCUACGUAAUGUACUAAACAGUUCGAUUGAUACCGAGAUUAAGAAUAGAAAGUUAACGACAGCUCAAAACUCCCUUUUCUAUUUUUGCCUAAAGAUACAAUUUAUUUUUCGAGUUUUUCAAUUUUUCUAACAUAUCUCGAGAUACAUAUCAUUAAUAUCGCAAGAUGUUCAAUCGAUAAUGUUAAUAGCCAUUGCCAACUGUACUUCACUGUUUCAUAUUCUUACUAAAUUAGAAAUAAUUAAAUUGUGAUGCUCACGUAACAAAUAAUAGUUUACCUUAAAUAAAUAGACCUGUUGCUAAUUUACUUAGAAACGCACAAUAAUGUUAAAAAUGCUAAAUAUUCAUUACUACUCUCCACGAAAUAAAUAAUUAUAAUCCUGAUCAAGAAUUAUGAAACGAUUUAGAUUCUUUUAUUUGAAUGUUAACGAAAUAUUUGACAUUUUAGUUCCUACGAAUUAUUAUAAAAUUAUACUGCGGUGAAAUAAUAAACAUUCAGAAGCUUAUAUAAAGAAGAGUGGCCAAUUUGUGUCAUAAAAUAUGUAGAUUUAUUGUUCUUAAUCUUUACGAAAUAACUAGAUUUGUAAUAUCAUAGCUUGAUGCACAGACUAAGCUUAGUUUAAAAUAUGACAAGUACCUAAAGUUAGAGCGAACAGAUAAAAAAGUAUGUAAAUACAUACGAUACCUAAACAAUAAAGCUACAUCAGACACGGUACUUCAAUAGCAAAAAAUGAUACCUACAUACAAGCUUUUUGAAAUUGGUCAUCGAAAUAGAGCCUAUUUCAUUUUAUAUACUUUCAUUUAAGUAUGCUGAAAAAAUAAUGUAGUUAGGACCAAAAGUCCAGUAUCAUAAUCCAAAAUUACAAAAUAUUGAACACAAAAAUGUCAAAUGCAAAAGUUGUAUCAGGGCAAUUUUAUAAUUCUCUGAUGUACAGAAUAUAUUCUUUGGUAAUUGUGUCAGUUACUCAUAACAGAUAACAGUACCUAUUUAGGUAUUUUGUAAUUUUGAUUUUAUUCAUGAACUUUUGUAGCAGACAUUACUACCAAACCUUAAUCACAGCAAUAUAAAUAUUUAUGUAUACCUAUUAUAGUUACAAUAAUUUAAAAGACCAAAAAGCCUACCCGAUAUUGUGAUUCAUUAAUGAUUAAAUUAGGUGAAAAGCACAGAGUAUAAGCAUAGUUGUCUGCUUGAGAAGCAUCAAUAAGAUUGUAUUAAAAAAUUAAAAUACUGUUCUAGCAAAUAAAUACAUUGUAAUUAAUUUAUGCUUUUUUAAUAUAUCUAGAAUAAAGAAUAUUCGUUUCUAAUAUAAUAAUACUAUAAUUAGGCAUUAGAAACAGAAUGAAAUUAUGUUCAAAGAAAUCUUAUUUUUCAGAAUGAGCAAAACAGCAUGGCAUAGCAUAGACUAUUGCAUGCAGGUUAAAUUAAAGAGUGUUUUAUCGAAUUUAAUUUUAACCCACGAUGGUAUAUUCAUUUUUUUUAUUAAAUGUGAGUAUUUUUGAAAAAGGAAUAUGUUCCAAACAUAUUUUUUUUAUUUAUUUCUAGUCAUUACAAGAUGUUAUUUUGCUAUGGUGCUAAGUCUAGUCAAUUUGUAGUUAGCAAUAAAACAAAGCUUGCAUAUAAAGAAUUUAAAUAACACUGUUAAAUUAACCACUUAUUUACUUUAGUAGAUACUAAGUUAUAUUUUUAAUAAUAACGUACUUAUCUAUAGAUUUUGCCAACUUAAUCCUACCUAUGCAAAUAUUUUUCAAUUAAAGUUUAAAAAUUUCGAAAACACCAAUUCGUUAGAAGUAGGUUAUCUCAUCUUAGAGUAUUAUAGUUAGUGUUUAAUGCAAUUUUAUAAGGCUUAAUAAAUUAAAUUAAUAAUAAUUAAUAGGAUUAUUAUAAGGAGUUGACAUGUUCGGGUUGUGUGGUACCAAAAAUCUAACUUUUGCAAUUAAUAAAUAAAAAAACAAUUAAUUAAAUUGCUAUUUAAAAACUACAUAGUAUUAUUACGAAUAUGCUUACUUAUUUUUGUAAUACCUUGGAAACUCUCUGUAGAAGCAUUUUGAAAUAAAAAAUGGGUGGACUAUACACAUCAUACAGAUGAUUCCAUCAAAGGGCAUUUUAUUUAUUUUUUUACAGAUACCUUCUAAAACCCUACUUGCUUAUCAAUUAAAAAAUUACCUAGACACAAUAUUUUGAAAAGUUAAGGGUGACCUGACCCAAUAAAAAAUUGGCAUCACUAUUUUUAAGAACUAUUUAAAUUCAACUAUGUUUAAAACGAUUGUAUUAUUGUAAUAAAAGCAAUUUAAAAUAAUUAAUGUUUGGCUUGAAAAGCUAGAGUGCUGGCUAAGCUCUGUAGAAUGUAUAGAGAAUUUAAUUAAAUUUCAAUUAUUUUUAUAAUAAAAUUGAAAUUAAA